AUGGUUGCGCCGGACCCAGCGGCCCUUGUGGCAGCAGCGGUCCGAGCAGCUUGUCUGGCCAAGGCCCCCCGCCGCACGGUGCAAGGCGUUGCAGCAGCAGUUGUCUCUGUUCUCAUGAGACCUGCGGAGGCAGCACCGAGCACAGUCCGGGGCGAGACUGCCAGAGGCCCGGCGGCGCAUGAGGCCGUCGUGGAAAAGAGUGAGGAGGAGCGGCGUGAGGCGGUCAGGGCCAAGCGUCGGCUCAAGAGGCAACGCAAGAAGGCAGCUCGAGCAGCGGCUGCUGUCAGCAGUGCCAAUAAAGAGCAGGUUGCAGACGAGGCUCACCAAGGAUCGGCUGGGGACGCCGAGACUGCUGAUGGUGAUGGCGUCGGCGUCGACGAGGAGCCGGAGAUGGGUCGUCGACUCAGUAUUGAGAGUGUGGAGAGCAUGGCUUCCGACUGCACGGUGUUUUCGGACUUCGGCGGGGACGGCCGUGAUGGCCUGCAGUGGCAACCAGGUGGUGACAGGAGCGAGGCAGCUGCUAACAACAGUCUCCUGUCGGGCGGGGGCGCCUGA